AUGGUUCGUCCACCGUUUCAAAGCUGGUCACCCUAUUCCAAUUCCCAAUUCAAGAAUACAGCACAACUUGGUCAUGUAGAUUGGACAUGGGGCGAAACUGAGAGGUGCUCGUCGAUGAAUAUGUUCCGAACAUUGAUAAACCGGCGAGCGAAGAGGUCACUCAAGACGUGGGGACUGGAGAAGGCACCAACAUGGAUGGUAUGGCGGCCGAGCCUCUGGAGCAUCAGCCACCGCUUGCACACCAAAGAGCAGGCCUCCCAGCUCAUCUCCGAAUCCAGUAAUCUGAAACCAUAUAUUGUUCACGUUGCUCAUCCUACUGGUUCCUCAGAUGAUCUGCUUAGCUACUAUCAAACAUUUUUACCCGAGGAAUCUCGCAUGAUCUGUUCCUACCAUACUGUGUUUAAAGGCUUCACUGCUAGAUUAUCGCCUGAGGAAGUGAAGGCAACGGAAAAGAUUCCUGGAUUCAUCUCAGCCCGAGUGCAAGAUGUAGUAUCUUUAUAUACAACCCAUUCUCCUUACUUCUUGGGGUUGAACUAUAAUAUGGGACCGUGGAAAGAGCCCAAUUACGGUAAAGGUGUGAUAAUUGGAGUGAUAGAUAGCGGAAUAUUCCCUGAUCAUCCUUCGUUUAGCGAUGAAGGAAUGCCUCCGCCUCCUGCUAAGUGGAAAGGUAAGUGUGCAUUUAAUUUCGUGGCGGGUAACAAUAAGCUCAUUGGAGCGAGUGAUUUUUCGAUUGAAAAAGGGAUACCAUUCGAUGAGAUGGGCUAUGGCACGCAUGUUGCUAGCAUUGCUACAGGGAAUUUUGUGCCAGGUGCGAAUUUCUUUAGCAAUGCAAAUGGCACGGCUUUAGGGAUAGCGCCGCUAGCUCACUUGGCUAUGUAUAAAAUUAAGACAAGUACCUAUUCGAAAAUUGACAUAACGAAGGAAGUCGGCAUUUUGGGUGCAAUGGGAGCUGCAAUUAAAGAUAGGGUGGAUGUGAUUUCUCUUUCUGUUGGUAGCUUGGUUAGUGACUUUAUGGACGACAAUAUCGCGAUUGGUGCAUUUCAAGCAAUUGAAAAGGGCAUUUUUGUGUGCGCCGCGGCUGGAAAUGAAGGGCCAGAUUUUGGGACUGUACAAAAUAUUGCUCCAUGGAUACUCAUUGUGGGUGCAAGUACCAUUGACAGAAAGAUUAGAGCAACGGUUGUGCUGGGAAACAACUUAGAGCUAGAUGGAGAGUCUGCUUUUCAGCCCAUGGAUUUCACUCCAAUGCAAUUAUCUCUCGUCUACCUUGGAUCGACUGCUAGUAACCAAUUUUUCAUACUAGCAUCUCUUGCAAACAUCGAUGUCAGAGGGAAAAUAAUGUUGUGUGAAAUGGGUAGGAAAGGAAGAAUUAAGACAGGUCAAGCAAUCAGGAACGCUGGUUGCACCGCAGUGAUUUUCAUGAAUGAGGAGCUCGAAGGCUACAGCAUAAAUUUAAAUGCUCAUUUUCAUCCUGUAGUUUGUGUCAGUUAUACCGAUGGACUAAAAGUGAAAGCAUAUAUUAAGUCAACGGCUAUUCCGAGAGCUUCAAUAUCAUUCGAAUGA